CUUGUCUAAUGGUGAGUAACUCCCAGAUUUGAACCCAGAAACUGCUUAGUGUGCUUUCAUAGGCACAGUAUUAGUCUCUUGAGGCACCUAGUCGCCUUUGAAUCCUCUAUAAAUCAUGAAACAACCUCACAAAGUUACAGGGCAGCAACUGGAGUCACAUUAACGAUGAUGUGCAAAAUGGCUCAGCGGCCAGUAUAAUGCCCAGUAUGCCAUACCCAGUUGCUACAUAUUUUCAUUACAAUCAUGAGCAAACAUAGGCGUGUUUAUCCUCGUGAAUUUCUUUGUUCUUUAAAUACUUUUAGUAUUUUUUCAUUUACGCCAUGGAUCCAUUAAGUUGCAGGCAUGUGGCCAAGCAUGCCUGUGCUUGCCCAGACACACUCACACGCACAACAUGCACCACCACCAGCAAAGGUUAAGAGAGCAUUUGCCAGAGAGAUGAUCUUCGCAUUUUAUUUAAACUAAACCACAUUUACUUUCCUUGAGUGGGAGUAGGGUGACUGUGCACGGGGCAUUCAAGGCUCCCUUAUUACCCACGGCAUCUGAUUUCUUGUCUCACACUCUGCUGGGAACUUGAAGCCGCACACCAGUUCACAGGAGUCUACUAAAUUCAUUGGUGGUUUAUUUUGUGUCAGGGUUGUUACAAAGAGUAGGUGUGGUUAAUGUGCCAUUAAUUGCACGUUGAUAUGUGCACGUUCUGUACAUGAUGCCACCCGAUUAUCACGGUUGACUACGUACGGUGCAGAAGAAGUUCAACAUACUUAAAACAAGGCCUAAAGACGAAUUUUAGCAAGGUUAGCAGUGAGGCACUACUGUUAGAGAAAUAUCAAAGUGCAAUGAAUUGAUGCAAGUGGAUUCGUUGUCAAGUCUCAUUAAAAUACUGCGUAAACUGGGGCUUAUCACAAGAGUUCAGCUCAGCUGCCAUGGAGAAGUACGAGAACUUGGGCCUGGUUGGCGAAGGCAGCUACGGCAUCGUGCUCAAGUGCCGCCACCGUGACACGGGCCAAAUCGUAGCCAUCAAGAAGUUCCUGGACAGCGAGGACCAUAAGUCCGUGCGCAAGAUCGCCGCACGAGAGAUCAAGAUGCUCAAGCAACUGCGCCACGAGAACCUGGUGAACCUGCUGGAGGUUUUCCGCCGCAAGCGCCGCCUCUACCUGGUCUUUGAGUUUGUGGACCACACGGUGCUGGACGAGUUGGAGCGCUACCCGCGCGGCCUGCCCACUGCCCGCGUGCGCCCGUGCCUGCUGCAGGUGCUGCGUGCGGUGGGCUUCUGCCACUCGCACAACAUCAUCCACCGUGACAUCAAGCCGGAGAACAUCCUCAUGUCGCGCUCAGGCAUUGUCAAGCUGUGCGACUUUGGGUUUGCACGCGCGCUUGCGGGCUCGAGCGAGCCCUACACAGACUACGUGGCCACGCGCUGGUACCGCGCGCCGGAGCUGCUUGUCGGAGACACCAAGUACGGCCGGGCAGUGGAUGUUUGGGCUGUUGGCUGUGUUGCUGUGGAGAUACAGACGGGGGAGCCAGUUUUCCCGGGUGACUCUGACAUCGACCAGUUGUACCAGAUCGUGAAGUGCUUCGGAAAUCUGAUGCCCAGGCAUCGUGAGCUUUUCUACAAGAACCCGGUGUUCACGGGGCUUAAAGUGCCCGAAGUUCAUGCUGUGGAACCACUUGAAAAGCGUCUGCCCAGGUUGCCGCCACUGCUGCUCGAUCUCAUUAAGCAAUGCCUCUACAUGGAUGCCGAUACAAGACCUCCCUGCUCUAGGCUCCUUCAGCAUGAUUACUUCACUGCGGAUGGUUUUGCCGACAAGUUUCUGCUGGAGCUGCUUGAAUCCACACAGAAGGACAGGGCAGAGAGCGUGCCGGCCGCGAACAUGGACAUGGCUAUCGAAGACGAGGACUGCUCAAAGGAACCAUCUGCUGUGCCUGUCACCGCCGUCCAGAGCCCAGCCAAGGACCUGGAACGGAGUAGCAAAGAUAUAAAGGAGGGCCUGGCAGAGAAGAGGGAUCCGGCGAACGACAGCGAAGCGAAGCUGCCCAAGUUCGGCUCCAAGAGCAGCUGCAGUCCGGCGGCGAGCAGUAAACCGCCGCUGCUGCCCGUGCUGCCGCCCGUGCAGUUCUGCGGCACGACCCCACGACCGCCCUCCCCAGAUCACGGCAGUGACGGCACCGGCAAAGGAGCCGCGCUCCUGGCAGCGUCGGCGGCGGCGGCGGCGGCUGCGGCUGCGGUGACGGCAGCGCGGGCCAACGUGGGCAAGAAACCGGGAAGGCAGAGCCAGGUUACAGCAGUGGAGGAGAUGAGUAAGGAAGUUGGCAUCUCUUUGGUGACUGGGAAUGUGAGCCCUGCGCUAAGCCAUCCUCCAGCCGUUUGCCAGGAGAGUCCAGACACCGGCAAAGCAGAAGAGGACACCUGCAAGCGGGACCGCGAUGGUGGGGAGACCGGCGGAGCGAGGCCGGACGCGAUGUCUCGGCACACGAGCCUCGUGCUAGCUCGGCUUGGCAUGACCACCGCCACCGACGUCACAACGGGGGCGUCUGCAUUCAGGACAUCUGAACGCUUAAGAAAAACGAGCAAUGCCUUCAAGAAGCCAACGCAGGCUGCCCUCCUCGCCCCCCGUCAGUGUGCACUGGGCCAGAUCAGCUUGCAGGAGAAGACGGCUCAGUUUGAUCACAUGACCAACCUGCGCAAGCGGAAGGAUGGCGUGCGUGCCGAGCGGAGGGAACUGCACCUCCCUGAGCUCAGCCUGCCGGCGCCCAGCCUCGAUCCUCGCCCCGUUGACCCGGGGAAGCAAAAGCAGCUGAAGAGAGAGCCAGGCAUGCGCUCACUUGAUUCCAAGAUUCCUGUCAUCACUGCCACGGAUAUUAGCCCUGGCAAGCAGAGCCAUCAGGUAAGACGUAUAGCAUACACGCUCAUGAUGAGCAAAACAGGUUGGAGGGACACGUCUGGAGAACAGCAGAAUGUGCAACUGGGACAGCUAUUGAAGGUGGACAGAAAUAAAAGAUGAAACGGGGGUGAACGAGGGCAGGAUGGAAUGCUUUUAGAAAGCUGAAUUUGAUCACGGAGUGGGCAGCCCAAUGAAAGAAACGUGUCCGAGAGCACAUUCACCAAGGAGAUGGAGCGGUGGACCAGUUCACUCGUGGGUUCGAGGUGGAUCAUCACAUCGCGGCAGCUUGGAGGUGCCUCUAGCAGUGGAUUGACCAUCAUGUAUUGACCAUGAUCAUGAUGAUUAGGGGCUCGGGGUAAGGUAGAGUGGUAAUAAUUAGGGGUUAGCACUUAGGUGUAAGGCAUUUUUAGUUGUUGCAAUUGUGGAUGAGAGCUGUAGAUGAAAAGUAGGGUAUAUGGGAAGUUAGGGGUUAUAAGGAGCAUUUAUGGGUUGCAGUUAUGGUUUAAAGUCAUGUGUAUUGGUUAAAUAUAGAAGUUUUGAUUUGAAUAUAUAAAUUCUAAAGUGUGUUGAGCAUGAGCGAUAAUUGUUUGGGUGGGCCUGUAUUUAGUGUCUUGGUUCACGAUUUUCUACCCGUGUAAGUUUAUUUAAACAAUAAAAUUUAAUUGCCUCUAUUUGAGAUACACCUAGGUCUUGCUUGGAAAAUGUUUUAUUACACUAUCCCAUCUCAUUUGGCCAUCGACUCUUCAAAUUAUAGUAUGUGUAAUAUGUAACAAUCUAAUUGCAUGUGCCAAGAUUUUAGAGCAUUACAUUCCCCUUGGCUUUCAUGGCCCUGCACGGCACACUCAUCACAAGUCACUCAUUCACGUUCCACCCUUGACUUUGCCAUUCUCAGGAAAGCCCGGACUCCAAUCUGCCCCGGCUGUGAGUUUUGGUCUCCGACUCCGGCGCAAAUCCCCCCAGAGCAAAUCAGUUCACUGGCAGGCACCUGGCGCAAGAAAGUUAAACAAUGACGUACGGUUUCAUUUGCAUACAGUGUACAUUGUCUACCCGUGCUUGUGUAUGUUAUGAUGUAUAAAUUAUUCAGUUUUGCACCAACACGCAAGAUCUGUAAAGAUCUUCGGUAAUGACAGGAAGGGGGCAGGAGUGCAUUGCACUCUCAAGAGGGAUUUUCAGCACCCCAUAGCUUGCAAUUCAAUGGUACAGUGCACAAUAUUGUUAAUUUAACUCACAUUAUAUAUAGUUGAAGUGGCUGGGGGAUUUAAUUGCUUCAAUGCUGGUAUCACGAGCACCGAGCCAGCAAUAUAUUGAGACGUUUAAAAUCCCAGGCUUCUGUCCGAGAUUAAACCAGUUUAUCAAGUGUAGCGAGUUGCUCAUCUCGGCCUGGUCACUUGAUGACUGCAAGAAAAUCCACUUUACCAUAACAAAAAUCAUCGUCUCUCCGAUAUGCGAGCAUCUAUUUCAGGCAAAUCGAUUCGACCCACAAAGGAGUGAAAUCUUGCGGUUGCGGAUAAAAUGCUCGAUUGAAGAGGCACUGCAAGUUUUUUUUUCUGUGGUCUCUCGUCUGGCGUCGCGUUCCUCGAUAAAAAGUUGCCAGAAAGGAUGUUCCUUCACCUCGUGCCUUGACUUCCGUUAUGUCAUGGAAUGCGGUGUAAUCUUCCUGCACUAUAUAUCGACACGUAGCUAAUAAAUUAACACAUUGCCAUUCUUGUCUCCUACCUAAACACAUUAUAUAUGCCUGUUUUGUUGUCUUCUGAUCAGGUGUGAUGUUAGCCCUAACUUCAUCACAAGCCAGUAGUACUGCUGCUGAUGCCACGUAUACUUUGAGCAGGUGCUCAGCAGUUUUGUUGUGUCUAUCAAUGUAAAGACAUGCUCCAACACUGUACUCGUAAAUUGUUCACGAUUAAAUAGACGACGAAAGAAAAAGGUGAAGAUGUGCACUUCCAUUCUUUCUAAUCAUGGAUGUGCUGUCGGUUACAUGGAUGUUGGACAUCCUGUGUGUCACUCAAGCCAGAAACAAGGUCAUAGUCACACGUCGCGGGGCAUAUAAUGCAGUUAAUCGUUUUCAUCCACAUGGUGUGCUGUGAAGAGCCAUUGACCGAAACGUUGCCUUUAUUUUUUCUUUAAAGGGCCGUGUUAUUUAUGAAUGUUGAGUUUUGUUUUAAAUGCGUGCUUGUGAACCACUAGCAACUCAGCAUCACUAAAUAAUUUGUACUUCUUCACGUGAUUGCAUGCCUUACGAUUUGUAUCGAGUGACCCAAUUGAGUAACACACGGAAUGUCCCAUUUUAUAUGGAAUAAAACCACAGGGUUUGAUUACACGCCUGUGAA